GGCGACCCCUAAUAGGAGCAGCCGAAUGACAUAUAAGAAGGAAUACAUAACUUGCAGAUACGGUAGUGGUGAUUAAGAAACAGUGUUUCGGCGCAGUAACUAGCAAGGAAAACCAUGCUUACUAUUAGUAUUUAUACAAAUAUAUGCUGGUUUAUCUUCUAAAAUGGCAUCUGCGUGGCUAUCAUCCUUACGAAUCCUUUAAAUAGAGACUUUUAUUUUGAAAGUGUUUACCAUGACCCGGAUAUGAUAGUCGUUGCAUUGCCGGUCUUCAGGUUGUAGGGGAGUUUUUAAAACGCUGUAACGUGCCGUGUAACGUAACUUUUUUAUUUACUUUCUAAUGGUUUGUUUAAUACCAUGAUGUUGCUUGUUAUUUGUUUUGCAGGACGUAUCUGUUUGUAAUGCGGUGUAAUCGCUGAGUGCUUGUUGAAUUCAUGUGCAGUUUUGACAGUAGAGGAGAUCAGGGUACAGGGAUUUGAGUGUAAAUAGUAGUGCAGUGACACGUUGGAUUUCUAUUUAUACCUUUUUAUUUUUGUAUAAAAUGCAAAACCUCUUGUUUUAUUGUGCAUUUGUAUCUCAUGGAGCGCUUGAAUGUAACGCAUUAGUUUGGUGAGAGCUCUGGGUGGGUUUGUGUUUGUUUGUAUUUGUUUGUGUUGUUAAGGCUGUCAUGAGCACGUGCACUGGAGCUCAGCAGGCUUCUCUGCGCUUUGGCCAGGUCGUUAUUGGGCCACCUGGCUCAGGUAAAACCACCUACUGCAGAGGCAUGCAGGACUUUCUCAGCCAAGUCGGGCGCAAAGUAGUGGUGGUUAACCUGGAUCCUGCAAACGAGGGUCUGCCAUAUCAGUGUGCAGUGGACAUUGCUGAACUAGUCACGCUUGAAGAUGUGAUGGAGGGGAUGAAACUAGGCCCAAACGGUGGCCUCAUCUAUUGCAUGGAGUAUUUAGAGGCCAAUUUAGACUGGUUAGAGGCUAAACUCAAGCAGUACCAUGACUGCUACAUCCUUUUUGACUGCCCUGGUCAGGUGGAGCUCUACACUCAUCAUGGGUCAGUGCGAAAUAUAUUUGGGCAGCUAUCAAAGUGGAAUUUCAGGAUGACCGCAGUGCAUCUGGUGGACUCUCAUUACUGUGCCGAUCCAGCCAAGUUCAUUUCUGUGCUGUGCACCUCGCUGUCUACCAUGCUUCAGGUGGAACUGCCUCAUGUCAACAUUCUCUCGAAGAUGGAUCUUAUUGAGCAGUAUGGAAAGCUGGCUUUCAAUCUUGAUUUUUACACGGAGGUUAUGGACCUGUCAUACCUGGUGGAACAUUUAGCCACAGACCCAUUCUUUAAAAAAUUCCACCGUCUGAAUGAGAAGUUGGCUGAGGUGAUACAGGAUUAUGGCCUUGUGUCCUUUGUUCCUUUGAAUGUGCAGGACAAGGAGAGCAUGAUGCAGGUCCUUCGUACAGUGGACAAGGCCAAUGGCUACUGCUUUGGUGACUUGGAGGAAAGAAAUCUCCAGGCCAUGAUGUCAGCUGCAGUUGGUGCAGAUUUUCAAUUUAACUUAGCUCUUGGAGUACAAGAGAGAUAUGUGGAAACCAGCAAAAAGACUUUGGAAGACGAGAUCAUGGAUUUGUAAUUGUAAUAAAUGCUGACUGUAAUGA